AUGCAGCCCUCCACCCUCCACGAAUCCCGCACAGCCACAACCAGCGCCCCCCACCUCCUUCCCAAACUCCACUCCCUCGCCGAAUCAAACCCCCACCUCAACCUCCUCGACGCCGGCUGCGGCCCCGGCACCAUCUCUACCAGCUUCGCGCAGCUCCUUCCCAACGGGCACGUCACCGGCCUCGAUCUCAACACCGCCAUCCUCCCGCGUGCGCGCCAAAACGCCGCCGCGGCCGGUGUAACCAACAUUGACUUCGUGGAGGGCAGUGUAUUCACGCUGCCGUUUGCCGACGAGAGCUUCGAUGUCGUGUUUUGCCACCAGGUGCUGAUUCAUCUUGGGCAGCCGUGGGAGGCGCUCAGGGAGAUGCUGAGGGUGGCGAAGAAGGGGGGUGUUGUCGCGGCGAGAGAGGGCGAUUAUGGAUCUGAGGUGGUGUGGCCGGGCGAUCCUGCGUUAGGAAGGUUCCAUGAACUUAUGACAGGGGUUAUGCGUGCGGGCGGGGGGACGCCAGAGGCGGGGAGACAGCUGCUUGCUUGGGCGCUGAAGGCAGGGGCGGAGAGGAGAAGGGUGGAGGUUAGUUUUGGGACGUCGUCGUACUGUACUUUGAAUGAGAGGAGGUUCUGUGCGCAGGGUUUGUGCGAGCAGCUUAGGGGCGGUGGGUUACGAGCGAAAGCCAUGAAGUUUGAACUCGGCGAAGAUGAGGACUUUGAAGAGAUGGCGAAGGCGUGGGAGGAGUGGGCGGAGAGAGAUAAUUCAAGCUUGGCCAUGUUGCAGGGACAGAUUCUGAUCGAAAAGUGA